CUAGUGGCUCCCAGCCCGCAGGGCUCUCGAAAGAGGACAGGACACUAGCUUCCUCCACCUGCCAGGGAAAUAGGAGAGAAUGAAAGCCUAUCUGAAGAGCGCAGAUGGCUUUUUUGUCCUAAAUAAAAGCACCACGAUCGGCAAGCAUGUGGAUUCAGACCUCGUCUUACAGUCCUCAGACAUUGACAACCACCAUGCGCUCAUUGAAUUCAACGAGGCUGAGGGCAGCUUUGUCCUUCAGGACUUUAACACCCGCAACGGCACCUUUGUUAACGAGUGCCACAUUCAGAACGUGGCGGUGAAGCUGAUCCCUGGGGACAUUUUGCGGUUUGGCUCCACUGGGCUGACCUACGAGCUGGUCAUUGAGAAUCCACCCCAGGUCUCCUGCCCAUGGGUGAGGGGCUCAGCACCCUGGCCAAUGCCGCAGCCACCUAGGGCCUCACAGCAGCCACACCAGUCACCCUCGCCACCCCACAUGCCCUUCCACCAGGGCAUCCAGCCACCAUCAGUGCAGAGAAGUUGGUCACAGGGUUGCCCCAGGCCCACCAUGGUCCCGCCUGCCCCUCACCAGCGGCCCAUGAGUGCCAACGGGAAGAUGUUUUCCUUUGUGAUGGACCCCAAGUCCCCCGUCAUCAAGCAAGUGUGGGCCAGUGCCGUGGAACUGUCAGAACAAUGCAUGAUGGAGGGACUCUCCGGGACGAUACCUCCCCCUGAGAUCUUCAUGGACCAGGACUUAGGCCAGCAAGACAAGGAUGAGAUCAUUCUGCUACUGGGGAGAGAGAUCAAUCGGCUCUCUGAAUUUGAAAUCGAGUCCAAAUACAAAGACGCCGUGAUAAUGAACCUGCAGAGUGAGUUGGCCCACCUGAGUCAAAGGCUAUCAGAGACAGCCGCAGCCGCCACAGCCAGGCAGAGCGACAGGUGUGUCCUGAAGGUCCAGGACCUGGAUGAAGGCGAUGAUCUCAGGCAGAAGGAGAUUGAGAGCAUGAAAAGCCAGAUCAGCGCCCUUCAAAAAGGCUAUAGCCAGGUGCUCUCUCAGACCCUGGCCGACCGCAACUCGGAAAUCGCAUCGCUGAAGAAUGAAGGCGAGAACUUAAAGAGAGAUCAUGCCAUCUCAUCAGGGAUGGUGACGUCUUUGCAGAAAGAUGUGUCGGCCCGGGACGAGCAGGUUCAGCAGCUGAAGGAGGAGGUGAGCCAGCUUAAGAGCCAAAACAAAGAAAAAGAGUACCAGCUGGAGGCCCUGGGCUCCAGGUGCUCAGUGCUGAAAGAAGAGCUGAGGAAGGAAGAGGCCCAGAAGGAGAGCAGGGAGGCUCAGGAGAAGGAGUUGAAACUCUGCAGAAGUCAAAUGCAAGACAUGGAGAAAGAAGUGAAAAGGCUCAGAGAGGAACUAAAGAACUGUUCCAAUCAGAACACCCUCUCCAAGACGCUACGAGAAAAGAGUAAGGUUGAAGAGAAGCUUCAGGAAGAUUCCAGAAGGAAAUUGCUUCAGCUGCAAGAAAUGGGGAACAGAGAGAGCCUCAUUAAAACCAAUUUGGAAAGGGCAGUAGGCCAGCUAGAGAACUUCAGAAACCAAGUCAUCAAAGCCACUUUCGGAAGAGCCAAGCCGUUCCAUGACAAACCUGUCACCGACCAGCAGCUGAUAGACAAGAUCAUCCAAGUCACCGAGGAAAACCUCAGCUUCCAGCAGAGGAAGUGGACCCUACAGAAGGAGACUCACCUGAGCAACUCCAAGCGGGAGGAGACCACGGAGAACGUGGAGAAGCUGAAGUCACUGCUUACCAGCUGCCAGGCUUGCAUGAGGGAAUCUUGCAGCAGCAGUGACCUGAAGAAGGAGGUGGAGCUCCUUCAGCACCUGCAGCUCAGCCCACCCGUGUCAGGGCUUCAGAAGGCUGUACUGGACAUCCUGCGAGUGCCCCUGUCCUGGCUGGAGGAAACAGAGCAGUUGCUUAGGGACCUCAGCAUCCAGCUGUCGGGUUCUGACAAAGGGUUCUCUCUGUAUCUAAUCUAUCUUCUGGAACAAUACAAGAAAAUGAUAAGCCAGACCCAGGAACUUCAGGCCCAGGUGAAUGCUUCUCAGGAAAUGAAGCAGUCUCUGCAGCAGGAACACCUGGCCGAGAAGGAGAAUCUGAACAAGGAGAAGCUGGAACAAGAGGAGAAACUGAAAGCCAGAAUGAAGCAGCUGAUGGAAGAGAAGAAGGCUUUGGAGGAGAGCAUCGCUCAGGAGAAACACAGAUCCCAGGAGGCCCUGGAGAAGGUGCAGGCUCGGGUCCGUGACCUGGAGAGCCACUUGGCCUGUCAAAAGGAGGUCUUGGAGGACAGUGUGGCUCAUGAGAAAAGAAAAGUCCGGGAAGUGCUGGAGGCAGAAAGGAGGAAGACCCAAGACCUAGAGAAUCAGCUGACCCAGCAGAAGGAGAUCUCAGAGAGCAUCAGCUAUGAGAAACUCAAAAUGCGAGACACCCUAGAGAAGGAAAAGAGGAGAAUACAGGACCUGGAGAACCGCCUGACCAAGCAGAGAGAGGAGAUAGAAUCAAAGGGACAGAAAGAGGACAUCUUAAAUAGUAAAUUAAACGACGCCCUGGCCAUGGUGGAGGAGACUCAGCGGAUGAAGACAGCCGAGAGUCUCAAAGCCGAGAGCCUCGCCCUCAAGUUAAAUGAAACAUUAGCCGAGCUCGAAACGACCAAGACAAAAAUGAUCAUUCUGGAGGAGCGGCUCAAGCUGCAGCAGCAGUCGAUGAAGGCCCUGCAGGAUGAGCGGGAAUCCCAGAAGCACGGCUUCGAGGAGGAAAUCACUGAGUACAAAGAACAGAUCAAGCAGCACUCGCAGACCAUCGUGAGCCUGGAGGAAAGGCUCUGCCAAGUGUCCCAGCACCACAGGAAAAUUGAAGGGGAGAUCGCCACGUUAAAAGACAUCGAGCCAGCUCAAAAGGAGGAAGUACCCCAAGAGCUCACAGCAGGACCCCCACUGGACAGCAUCACCAAACAAGUAGCGUGCGACCACCUGAUAGAUGACUUACUGACUGCUCAGAAGGAAAUCCUAUCUCAGCAGGAGAUCAUCAUGAGGCUGAGGACAGACCUCAAUGAAGCCCAUGGCAGGAUGUCAGACCUGAGAGGGGAGCUAAGUGAGAAGCAGAAGAUGGAGUUGGAGCGGCACGUGGCCCUGGUUCAACAGCUGAGCAGCGAGCUGAGCAUGCUCAAAGUGAAGGUGGUACAGGCAAGCGGCCUGGUGGAGAAGAAAGACCGGGAACUGAAGGUCCUCAGGGAGGCGCUCAGGGCUUCCCAAGAGAAACACAGACCCCACCUGAGCUUGGAGCAAAAGCCUAGGAAUCUGAGCCAGAAGUGUGACAUCUCAUUGCAGAUAGAACCAGUGCACCCAGAUACAUUCUCCAGCUUGCAAGAGGAGCAGUCCUUCAGUGACCUGGGGGCCAAGUGCAAAGGGUCUCGACACGAGGAAAUCAUUCAGCGGCAGAAAAAGGCCUUGUCGGAACUCCGGACACGAAUCAAAGAACUAGAGAUGGCCAGCUCCUCCAAUCAUAAGGACCACGCGAAUGAAUCGUUCCUAGAACUAAAGACCCUCAGAAUGGAAAAAAAUGUACAGAAAAUAUUAUUAGACGCAAAGCCUGACAUGACGACUCUCUCAAGAAUAGAGAUCCGAUCGCCUCAGACUGGAAUUUUCGGCCCGGGCUGCAGCUUGGCCAUUGAGAAGUCUACGAAAACAGAUGCUUCAGAUGCCUUAGAACUCAGUGAGAAGAUGUACAUGGACAUGAUCAGGACACUGAGCAGCCUGAUGAACAUCAAGGACAUGUCCGGCCAUGUGAACUUGAGGCACCUCUCUCCCAAAGAGCGCGAGAGGAUCAACCACCUCCGGCGGAAGGACCUGGGCCUGGUGUUUGAUAAGAUCACUCAGCUCAAGACCCAGCUUCAGAGGAAGGAAGAACUCCUGAGAGGAUGUGAGCAGGAACUAGAACAGCUCAGGCAGAGCAAAGUGUCCAUUCAGAUGUACCAGACGCAGGUGGCAAAGCUGGAGGAUGAUGUGUGCAAAGAAGCCGAAGAGAAGGCGCUGCUAAAGGAGGCUCUGGAGCGCACAGAGCAGCUGCUGUUCCAGGAGAAGAGGCUCAACAGGGCCUUCAAGCAGCAGAAGGAUCGAGUAGAGGACAAAGAGCAAAGAAACGCAUCCUGCAGCUGUCCCUUCAAAGACAAUGAGAGGCAGAGACGCAUGUUUAUAGAGAUGGUCAAGAGCAAGAUGCAGAGCUCAAGUCUCCAGGUUGGAGCCAAGAAAGUCACCCUGAAGAUGGGCCAGGAAAAAGAGAUGAAGAAGGAGGCAUGCAAGUCUAGCCAGUGUCUUUCAUUUGUUAAGUUGGGCGGAAAGAACUAGAAAACACACUGUCCCAGGGCCUCACAUCCUGAUCGAGUCAGUUUCAUUCUAGUAACCAUGGGACUUUUAUAGCACUUUAAGAUGGUUGCUGGGAUGUUUGCUUUCUAGAUUGAUAUUUUUCACAGAAUGCAUUUUGCAGUGUGUGGAGAGAGGAUUAAAAAAAAAGAAUAUCUAUAAAUGUAUAUACAUGCAGGUAUAUGAAGAAUAUGUGUAUAACCCAGAUUCCUAGCCUUCUGGAUACAGUUGUGUGGUUCACAUUUGGGUUAUGAUGUACCCAAGCAUCAGCUCCUCCAACUAGAGCCACAGGGCAAAGGGGACACUUGGGGCACUUGCCUACAGGGUAAUGAAUUUAUAUCUGAGUU